CCCAUCCUGCACAGAGUGGAUUCAGCCAGCGAUGUACACAUAUCCUGUCCUGCUUGAGAGCCUAUAUACCUUACUAAACAGAAGAAAAAGGCUCACCAUGCUCUCUGCUUGUCUGGAGUUUCUUGGGAUGGGGUUGUGCCUACUGGGAUCGCUCCUGGUCAUGGUCGCUUGCGGACUGCCCAUGUGGAAGGUGACGGCGUUCAUCGAUAUGAAUAUCGUGGUCGCGCAGACCACCUGGGACGGGCUCUGGAUGUCGUGCGUGGUGCAGAGCACGGGCCAGAUGCAGUGCAAGAUGCACGACUCGGUGCUCGCGCUCAGCCAGGACCUGCAGACGGCGCGCGCUCUCACGGUGAUCGCGGCGGUUCUUGGGGUGGCUGGGCUGGUGUUGACCAUAGCCGGGGCGCAGUGCACUAACUGCAUCAAGACCGAAUCGGUGAAAGCCAAAGUGGUGAACGCCGGUGGGGUGGUCUACAUAAUCAGCGGUCUAUUGGUGUUGAUUCCCCUCUGUUGGAUGGCCAAUAACAUCAUAGUAGACUUCUACAACCCAGAUGUGUCCUCGUCCAAGAAGAGGGAGAUAGGAGCGGCCAUCUACAUCGGCUGGGCCGCCACAGCCCUGCUCCUUCUGGGGGGAACCCUGCUGUGCUGCUCCUGUCCCCAGGGGGGCAAGAGCGCCUAUCCCAUCAAUUAUGCCCCCACCAAGACCAUCUCAGCCAACGGACACUUCGACAAAAGACAUUAUGUGUAGGCGAUGAGAAGAGAGUUUUGCCCACAUCCAAACUUGGCACAGGAGCCGGACAGACAAGUUAAUGUCUACUUAGCUUGUUUGAUGCCCAUCACAUACGUUGUCUUUAUUGUGGUCAUCUAGAACGGGGGCUUUGAUACAGGGACAUUAUGUGUAGGCUAGACGCUAGUCGAUAUCAGGAUACUUUUUUCAUUUGGUUUGAUUGUCCGUUACGCAUGCCGACUUCACCCAACUUUAACUUCCUCAGUUUGAAGUCAAUGUAUUUUUUUCGAACAUAGAUUUGUGUGUGUUGUAGGCUACAACUUUGUAUAGGGGUCUAGCGACCAGAAAAUAAAAACAAAAAUGUUGCCAAUGCAAUAGAACCCAUACACUCCGAGAGCGCAGCUAACGACAAAGACAUUGAAACUGUUGAAUCAACCGUUUCCACGUCAUUUCAACCAAAAAUGCAACGUGAUGAUGUUGAAUCAACGUGGAAAAUUGAUUGGAUUUGCAAAAAGUCAUCAACUAAGGGAAUGUCGUAUUUUUCACACAACUUUUAAACGAAAUUCAAUGACAGGGUGAUCUUUUUUGGUUGAUCUCACGUUAAAUUCACGUUAGUUGACAAAUCAACCACAUGUAAAUGAAAACUAUACAUUUUUUAUUUUAUUUUUACGAUGUCUGUGCCCAGUGGGACCUAUUUGUUGUGUAGCGUUUUUAUAAACUCCUGUAUUUGCAUAUUACUAUUUUAUCAGUAUUAUACAGGCUUAUUGUAAGAUGUUUUAACGUUUAUGUUGUUUUCAUUUGACGCUAGGCUAUUGUCUCGCCAGAGUGGUCUGUCACGGUCCGUGCGCUCUGUGAAUAAAGCCUAUUGUUCUCAACCCCCUUUAGUGUCUGCUUGUAAGUUGUAAAUAGCCACAUACAUGUAAGCAGGGACUGGUUUUCUACAUAGUUAAUAAGUUUAGGUUCCCACACUAGCCUCGUCCUUUGUAAGCAGUGAAUGCUACUCAGAAAAAUGUGCACUCAUAUGAUGAUCAAAUGAGCUUAUUUGCAUUUGAAUGCUGUUGUAUUGUACUGUAUAGCAAGCUGACUGUGCUCCUAUCUGUUUUCCUAAACCUCUUUAAACUAUUGGGCAAUUUAUAUUUUAUAAUAAAAAUUAAAUCACAA